AGUGGCAUCCUACAGAACAUCAUUCAGAAAUGUGCAAACAGACACUUCAGGCUUCAGAGAAGCAGCUCUCCUGAUGAUCUUCUGCAGGCGUUUGAGGACAUCGUGCAAAUGAAUGAUGGACGUCACCUGGUUUGUGCUGAAGCGUCACAGUAUUUCACAAUGGAGCAACAGACCACAGAGAGACUUUCAGAGGGUGUGAAGCUGAAUCUGGCUGUGUGCGGGAGUGACGGGAUGUUAAAAUCCUCCGUAUCAGAGCAGAUCCUGCAGCAGACAGACAGAAGAUCAGACGUGGAGCUUCAUGGACCUGUGAUCAGUGUAAUAGAGCUUCCAGCUCUGUUCAACACUCGGCUCUCGGAGGAGGAAGUGAUGCGUCAGACUCUCAACUGUGUGUCUCUCUGUGAUCCUGGAGUUCAUGUUUUCCUCCUCAUUGUUCCUGACGCUCCACUCAAUAAUGAAGACAAAGCAGAAAUGGAAGAAAUCCAGAGGAUUUUCAGCUCAAGAAUCAACAAACACAUCAUGAUCCUCAUAAAGCAGAAUUCAGAGCAUCAGACAGCAGAACUCAAUGAAGAAACACAGUCUGUCAUUCAGAGUUUCGGAGGACGACAUCAUUUCUUUGGUCCCACCACACAAGUGUCCACACUGAUGGAGAACAUCGAGCAGAUGCUGGAAGAAAACAGAGGAGGCUUUUUCUCUACAGAGACACUUCUGGAGGCACAGAUGAAAAAACUGCUGCAAUUUGAAGAGAUGAAGAAGAAACUUAAUUCAUUAGAGGCACAUUUACUGUCACAAGGUAAUGAGCAGAAAAUCAGU